AUGGAUGAUCAUAUUUGCAACUUAUUUUUAACUGAAAAAGGUAUAUACCCAUGGUAUAUUGAAUAUAUGGGGGAUGGUGUAGAAGGGGAAUCAUAUAAGAGUAUUUUGGAGUCAGUGAGAAAUAAUCAAAUUUGCUACCAGAAUUUUGUAUCGGACUAUUGUUAUAGUGAUAUGGAUGAAUAUGAGAAACCUAAAACAAGUAAUAUUAUAAAUAUGGUUGGACUAAAAAAAUAUAAAAAUUUAUUAUAUCGUGAUGAGCAUUUAGAGUAUGUGAGACAAAUGAGAUUAAGAAGAUUCCCAAUAAGUAGUGCUAGUAAUGAAGCAAGUAGAGUACUUAUUAUAUAUUGGAGUGUGCAUUCUGAAGAACUUCUAGAAACAGAUUACAAUUAUAAUAUUGUCUUUGAUGAUGAUACAAGUAGCAGAAGUAAUAAAAGUGACAGUGCAUCUAAAUUUGUAGAUUCUGACAAAAUCAUUGCAACUCUUCUAAACUUGCAGUAUCCAGAGGGAGGAUUCUGUGGUAACUUUAGUCAUAUGCCAAAUAUUGUUUCAACAUAUGCAGCUGUAUGCUCCCUAAUAAUAGUUGGUGAUACUGAAGCUCUUGGUUCUAUUGAUAGAAUUAAAAUGUAUCAAUAUUUAAAGAGCUUAAGAGAUUCAGAUACUGGUGGUUUCCAAGCAACUCUGGAUGGAGAGGUAGAUAUUAGAGUAUUUUAUUGUGUUGUUGCAAUAGCAUCAAUGUUACAUUUAAUAACGGAAGAAUUAUUUGAAAAAAUAGAUGAUUAUAUUUUAAGUUGUGUAGCAUUUGAUGGAGGCUUUUGUGGUGAACAAGGAGGUGAGUCCCACGGGGCAUAUACCUAUUGUGCAGUUGCAGGAGUAUGUAUAUUAGGAAAGUCAUACUUAUUAGAUCUUGAGAAUCUAAUUUAUUGGGCUAUUCAAAGACAGUCUGGGGUAGAAGGAGGGUUUCAAGGAAGAACUAAUAAAUUAAUUGACUCUUGCUAUAGCUUUUGGUUUACUGGAUUACUUUAUUGUCUAAAAGAAGUUUGCAGAAUUCGCUCUAUGCUAGCUGAGAAACCAUUCAAUCAUGUCUGGUGUGACUAUCAAGCUUUGCAAUCAUUCUUACUAGUGUGUUGUCAGUCACCAGCAGGAGGCUUCAGGGACAAACCUGGCUUGUCACGUGAUAUGUAUCAUACAUGUUAUGCUUUGAGUGGGCUUAGUUUAGCUCAAAAAAUGGCUAUACAUAUGAAAGAUAGCAGUGAUUUUCCGAUUAGUUCUUUUGAAACUUUAGGAAGUCCUAGUGAGGACUUUUCUAAAUACUCUGAUGUGCAUACUAUACCUGUUACAUCAAAUGACUUAAUAAAUCCUACAGAUCCCUUCUUAAAUAUCAGACCUGAUAAAAUAAUUCAGGCAAGACACUUUCUAGCCAAUAAUCCACUAAUAUUAACAGAUUCUGGUGAAAUUGGAAUCGAGGGAAAAGGUUAUAGGGAUUAUAUUGAACAUCACCAUUAUUCCUUAGCAUAA